GAGAGAGAGAGAGAGAGAGAGAAAGGGAGAGGGGGAGAGCAAGGACAGCCCAUGGUGGAGAAGCUGGGGAGAAGAAGGAGGGAAGGCGAGCGACAAGCACGCGGAUUAGGUGAUUGAACUCGUGAUCGUCCAGUUUCAACAUCGCCGACAGAGACCCCCAGCCUCCAGCUUCCAGCCGCUGUCAAAGGGGAGGAGGAAAUAAUAAGAAAAAAAACACGACGGUGAUGGAUCUGCGUUCAGCUCUCAGCAACAACAUGAGCAGGGUUUCGGCGAAGCUCAUCCUGUCCCUCCUGCUCCUGUGUGGGUGCCAACAAAGCCUCGGCCAGCCCUCCCCGGAGGCGCAGAAGGAGACGGGGGCCAACGACAACAGCACGGUCUUCACCAGGAUCCUGGACGGGCUCCUCGACGGCUACGACAACAGGCUCCGGCCGGGGCUCGGAGAGAACGUCACCGAGAUCAAGACCAACAUUUUCGUCACCAGCUUCGGCCCCGUGUCUGACACCGAGAUGGAGUACACCAUAGACGUGUUCUUCCGCCAGAGCUGGAAGGACGAGCGCCUGUGCUUCAAAGGCCCCAUGGAGAUGCUGCCACUGAACAACCUGCUCGCCAGCAACAUCUGGACCCCCGACACCUUCUUCCUCAACGGCAAGAAGUCCAUCGCUCACAACAUGACCACGCCCAACAAGCUGCUGAGGCUGAAGGAUGACGGCACUUUGCUCUACACCAUGAGGCUGACCAUAUCAGCAGAGUGCCCCAUGCAGCUGGAGGAUUUCCCCAUGGACGCCCACGCCUGCCCCCUCAAGUUUGGCAGCUAUGCCUACCCAGUGUCAGAGGUGGUCUACACUUGGACUCAGGGAGCUGCGAAGUCUGUGGUGGUGGCAGAGGACGGCUCCAGGCUCAACCAGUACCACCUUAUCGGGCAGACGGCCGGCACCGAGGACAUAAACACAAGCAGAGGACAGUAUACAGUGAUGAUGGCCCACUUCUUCCUGAAGAGAAAGAUUGGAUAUUUUGUCAUCCAGACGUAUAUGCCGUGUUUCAUGACUGUAAUCCUGUCCCAGGUGUCAUUUUGGCUAAAUAGAGAGUCCGUUCCUGCAAGGACCGUCUUUGGGGUGACCACCGUGCUGACGAUGACCACGCUCAGCAUCAGCGCCAGGAACUCCCUCCCCAAAGUGGCCUACGCCACGGCCAUGGACUGGUUCAUCGCCGUGUGCUACGCUUUCGUCUUCUCGGCGCUCAUCGAGUUCGCCACGGUGAACUACUUCACCAAGAGGAGCUGGGCGUGGGACGGCAAAAAGGCUCUGGAGGCGCAGAAUCCCAAGAAACGAGACCCCAUGGUGCUCUCGAAAAAGCCCAACAAUGUCUGCUCGGCGGGCGUCAACUACACCCCCAACCUCACCAAGGACGUGUCCAUCUCCACCAUCUCCAACACGACGUCGGUGCAGCUGAGGGCCUCCGAGAGCAAGAUGGCCGACCCCAAGAAGACCUACAACAGCGUCAGCAAGAUCGACAAGAUGUCUCGGAUAGUGUUCCCCGUCCUCUUCGGGACCUUCAACCUCGUCUACUGGGCCACGUACCUCAACAGAGAAGUCCUCGACUUGUCCACGUAAUCGCUCUUUGUUUUUUUUUUUUUGUUUUUUUGUUUUGUUUUUUUACCCGGAGAGUUUAUGUAAAAGAGGAGGAGCCCAAUCAGAAAGUGGGUUGAGUAAAAAGAACAAGGAUUGCCGUAAGCUUUUUUUUUUUUGCCCUGGACAGAAAAAAAAAGAAUAAAACGUAAAAACAUAUCUGCGCUUGAAGAACAAAAACUAUACUCAGCUAUCUAAUUCAAGCACUUUGAAUGGAUGCAAGGCUGCAACAGAAUCCCUUUCCUGUUUUUCAUUGCCUAAAAAAAAAACAAAAAAACUGCUCGAUCAUGAAGUAACUGCUUCUGAGACUGUGUCGACAUGAGAGUGGGUGCUUUGCUUCUUUCUCAUCUAUCCUGCUGCAGUUUGCAUGACGCUCUCCUCACGGCAAAAACCAUGGAUUCCUCUUCGUCCUGAACUCCACAUAUAUAAAUAUAUAUAUAUAUGUCAAUUAUGGCUUGGAGUAUGGGAGCACACAUUACCUGUCAUUUAAAUUUAGCUUUCAAUUUCGCGAAGAAAGCGCUUUAAGUUCUCACGACGGAGGCUUGAAAUGCACCGGGCUUUGAAAAGCAAACUUUGAAAUGCAUUUGACAAAAAAAAAAGGAUUUAAAAAUGUAAUUCCACUCUGUGUGGAAAGAACACGUUGAUAUUAACGCUGCAAGUGCUUUAAUAAUUUAGUUUACACCCCUUUUUUUGGUCGCCACCUUUUUUUUUUCUCCCUCUCCUACAGCAGUUGGUGCUUUCGUGUUUCAUUGUACAUCUUCACUUGAAGAUUCAGAGCCUGCUGCUGCUGGAGGCCUUGGUUCCCCAAGAGUCCUGAGAGUCUCUAAGAAAGAAGAGGCACAGAAUGCUACCUGGUUAAAUAUAUAUAUAUAUAUAUGUAUAUAGGUGAGAUUAGCAUCACUAAUAGUUUCAAAAUUAGAAAAGAGUCCUUGGCCCACACACGCAAGGUGACUGAAUGAUGUGCUCGCACAAAUUUAGGAUUAGAUAUAUGUGGUUUAACUGAAUUUUAAGCCGCGGCCACUCGGCUGGGAAACUAAUACGCACAGUUGAGAGACCAGUCCUCGAAAUUCACGACGUGGCACAUACAAAUCAGCGGAGGUGGCCGGACUUUAAGAUGCUGUUUAAAAAAACUAUCCAGUGCGCCAAGUGUCCUCGGGCCAGCACCUCCGACUUUAUUAUCUCAAACUGGCGACUGCGCUUCAGAUUGACGUCUGGAUUCAAAGCGGACGCAUCUCAAGACUCACUCUUGGUAAAUUGUACAUUCAGAGUGAAAAGUAGGAAACUGUGGCGGGAAACAGUGAUCGAUGAAGUCUCAUUAUCACUUAGCCGUUCUCAGAAAAGCGCUCAUCAACAGUAAUAGAUAAAUAUUCCCCUGAAGGCGGAGAGAAACCAGCUCAGAGAACUCGUCAGAAACGGGUGGGUUCAUUGUAAAGUCACACAGUAAGGUCAAGAAGAGCUGUUAUUAUACAGCAACCCAACAAUUACUCCAUGAGCAGGGAGGAGAAACGCUCAGUGAGGUUGGGCGAGAUGAUGAGCCUCAACUCCACAAACUUAUUUCUUCUGUGUUGGGUUUUCAAUCUUCCAUCAUACCUGGUUUCACUCAAUACAAAAGCUACUUGAACUCCAGAUCAACUCCCGACUCGCUGCUUUCUCAAAAACCACGUCUGUUUUGUUCAAGAGCGAACGACGCAGGUAAUGAGCUACGACGGCAGGCCUCUGUUUUUUCGGUAGCUUCAGAGCUCUGCUCUUUCAGGACGGCCGGGGAAUCGUCCUUGGUGCUGAUGAGACCAUUACGAUGAUGAGGCGAGACCAUUAAACCGAAGGAAGAUUUGAGGAAAUUAGGCCAAGUGUCGCAAGGGAACCAUGUAAAUACCCUUUUACUUUCGGCUUAACUGUUCGCUUUGACAUGAAAAUAACCGCUUCUGUUUUUAGAUGAGAAGAUAAAGUGUGACUUUCAAUCUAUUAAGAGCGCGUCUCCGCCUCUUAUCGCUUUUUCCUUAAUGUUUGUGGACACGUGCAACAGAUCUUUUUGUUCUUUCCGCCCGUCAAAGAGCUGCUCGAACCUGACCUGAAUCUUGUUUUGUUUUUAACUCGAAGCAAUGAGCGCGCGUCGUUGCUCGACGUGUGCGACCGGUUGGUGUGCGGUGAGACAUACUCAGGAACAAAGGGACCCCGUGCUCCCAGCAGAGGGGCCGAAGAGGAGCCGCUGCUGGGAGCGUCGUGCUAGAUAACUUUAGGGCGCCGACACACUGGACUGGUGAACAUGUAAAUAAAGGAAUCGGAUGCUUCUUUAUCUGCGUUGCUCUGUGAACCUAAAGCGGGCCUGAAGUCAACACUGCACCCGCUUCGAGAUUUGUUUUGCGGCAUUUCUGUGCUGGAGCUGCCAUUUAUGGAAAUCCACAGACCCUCCGUCAGCUGAGACGACGGCUCAGCGCUCGCUGGAGCACGGCAGUGCCGGCGUUAAAAGGAAGCCCGGUGAAAUGUAGUGGAAAGGCCGCCUAUACAUCCAUCUGUCCGGGGUCGACGUGGCGCAGCUCGUGCAGAUUAUCAGAGCGGACAUCCCGCUCAACGUGACCCCCCGACCUCUGUGCCUCCCAUCUCUGCUUUGCUUCCGAUAGGCCUGCAGUAACCGGGUCCUCCGACGUAUUUGGGCCCGACCGUUCUCGUUUCGUGCCGUGCUACCAAAGGAGAAUACACCGUAACAAGCGUCAUGUAUGAAAGUGUAUAUUUUAUCAAUAAAAAGCCGUGUCAGUCAGGCUGUGAAGCUAAUUCAGUUUGAUAUAAAUUGCCCCUAAAAGAGCAAUCAGAGGAAUGUAACAAGCUGCUAUGCUAACACAAUGUUUACAAACAGAAAAAUAUCAACCUAAAAACACACAUAUGACCGAGCUGCGCCAGCUCAAAGCCAACACGAAAGAACAAAACACGUUUAUGUGUUAGAAUGACGGGCGACAAGACAAGAGGGAUUGUCCUCCAUCCACAGCAGCUGUCGUUCCCCCUCGGCUCAGAGGAUCGCCGACGUGCUAAAACUCGCUCGACUACUGCCUGUCCAUAUACAUCUUCCUUGACAUCCAAGACCCUCCGUCGCCAUCCAUCCAUCCAUCCAUCCAUCCAUCCAUGUGACCAUCUCUCUAUACUGCCAGCCAAGAAACGACUGCUCACCCCUCCCUCCCUCCUUCAGCCACUGUGACAGACUCAUCUGCCAUACAUCUGUUAGAAAGGGGAUUUAGUUCCGCUUAAGUUGCUUUCACCCGUUCAGGGGGGCCCCUUGCCUCCAAUUUAAGCCCUGACUGGCCCAGCCUGAUGACAAACACUUGUUUUCCCCCUCAGUGUGUGGCGUCUGGACAGCUGUGGCUGGUGCAUGCUCGGGACGAAUUUAGGAUUCAUUAUAAGUUCCUUAUCCAAAGCUGGCUGGUGACUAAAGUUUUUGAACAGUCAGCUGGAGAAUGUACUGCACAUCCAGCAGCUGGGUUAGACAAACAUUUAAAUGUAUUUAUUCUUGCUUUGAGCAUUAGUUAAUGCUGAUUUUUCUUUUUUUUUUUCUUUUUUUUUUGGAAACUUUAAAGUUUUAUAAAAAAAAAAAUGCAGCACAGCCAUUGUAGCUACAGCUGGGCUUUUACAAUGUAUUAGUGUCACUCAUUCUUUGUUCCAUGUGCUGUAUUUGUUUUGUGUAUUAUACUACAAUUGAUCAAAUAAAAAGGAUCAACAAAGAUGAGCAUUAAUUAUAGCCAAGACGCUGCUGUAACCCAAUCAAAUCUUGAUUAAAGCUGCUCAUAUCAGAAGGAAAUCUG